AUUGAAGCCGCAACGUGAAAUGGAAGCUCUUAUUAAGGAAGCGCGUGAAAUUUAUGACGGUAGUGAUUUGAGAGAUUUGAAUGAUAAAUAUGUGAAAGACAAAGCUGUUGUAGAAAAAUUAGAGGUAGUAACAAAUGAUAGUGGAAAUAUUAGGUUCGAAGCGGAAGUUAAGGAUAUUACAACAUUUGACCAGUUUAUUGAGACGAUGAAGACUUCGGUUAUAGAAAAUAAACAUGUUAAACCUAUCGGAACUUUUGCUGCAUUUAGCGAAAUUACAGAAACAGAUGGUUUUCUUUUAAAAACCGAUCAAUAUGUUGGAAUUUCCAAAACCUCUUUAAAUAUGUUAAAAGAGGACAUUAAAACCCAAGCCGAAAAAGAUGAUAUUGUUUAUUACGAUGUGAAAUGUGGAAUUACCAUUCAUGAUGUUGUUAAAGAAUUAAAAAAAGAUAAUAGGGCUUUGUUUAAUUUAGAUGGUUGGGGAGGACAACGUAUAGUGAGUGUGAAUGCAACAUCUACUCACGGCAGCGGCGUCACCCUCCCACCAUUACAUUCUUUUGUUGUAUCAGUUAACUUGAUUGCUCCUGGUGGAAUGCUAUAUCGAAUUGAACCAUCUAAAGGGAUAACUGAUCCAAAUAAAUUCCAUUCUCAAUUUCCUAACAUCAGUCUCAUUCAAGAUGACAAAACUUUUAACGCUAGCAUAGUGCACAUCGGAGCUCUUGGAGUAGUUCAUGAAUUAACAAUAUACACAAUUUCUCUAUAUUCGGUAAUUGAAACUCGAGAAGAAACAACGUGGGAUCAUGCAAAAACUAUUUUAAAACAAAAACCUUAUUCAUCCAAUCCCUAUCUCCAAUAUCGUAAUUGUGAAGUUUGGCUUAGUCCGUACACUAAUUACACUUUAAUAACCAAGAGAAAUAUAGCAACUCAAGAAGAUAAGAUGAAAUAUCCUAAACCUGAAAUUAAAAAGUUGUUUCAAGAGUAUUCAGAAUUGACUUUAGUACAAGAAGUAGCAAAAAUUUUAAGUGUUGGUGUGGGUGGUGCUUUGUUUUUAUUGCUAAACUUGUUUCCAGCUACUGUUCCACAUACGAUUGAACUUUCUAUGAAAACUCAACAUCAUAGUGAUCCUAUUGUUGAUACUUAUGAUAAUAUUUAUCCAAUUGGAUGGAUCAAUAAUUUCAAAGUAAUAGCAGUAGAAUUUUCAUUUUCAAUGAAAAAUGAUAAUCACCUUAAUGCUAUCGAUGCGAUUGUUCAAACACUUAAAAAGAUUAGAGAAGAACAUAAUUUAAAUAUUAAUGGACCAGCUUCUUUAAGAUUUUCUGCUGCUUCUUCCCAAUAUCUUUCUAUGGCUCAUAAUACUGAUGGCGAACCUAGAGCUUAUUUGGAAAUGCCAAUUUUACUAUAUGAGCCACACAUUACUUAUUACAAGAAAACGUAUGAUGCAUUAUUACAAACAGCAUUAAAAUUUAAUGCAAGAUGUCAUUGGGAAACUAUUUCUUUGUUUAUUGAACAAAUUAAAAAGUUUGAUCCUCAAGGAAUUAUGAGCAAUGAUUUGUUAAAUCAUUUAGGAUUAACACCUAAUG